AUGUGCAACAAGCGCAGCGUCACGGCUGCCGAGGAGGUGGGGAGCAUCUACCAGGAGUUCUGCCUCCUGAAACACACCCUCGACCAUCAACACAUGAUUCGCUGCGUAACCAUGCUGCACAGCCAGUCCCAUGUGCACCUGGUGCUCCAGUAUGGUGGCGACGCCUGCAUGGAGCAGCUGCUGUCGACUCAGCCAGGCUGCCGCUUGUCCAGGGACGACGCCCUGCACUGCACCACCCAGGUCGCGAGUGCUCUGUCUUAUUGCCACGCCAUUGAUGUUUCUCACGGGCAGGUGUCGCCGUGGCACGUGUGGGUAGAGAUGGCGAGGAAUCGGCUCGUUUGCCGGCUGGUGGACUUCAGCAUGGCAGCCCGUGUUCAAUACGUCAGUACGCGGAAGACCCUGUGCGGCGCGCUCCCGUGCGUCGCUCUAGAGACAGCGCUGAAGGAGCCGUACUGGCCCAAGCCGGCAGCUUGCUGGAGCCUAGGGGUGGAGCUCCUGGAGGCCAUCGGCGGGCAGGGCCCGCUCGAGCUGUCGGUGCGGUGGCGCCGUGGCGCAUCCCUCGCGCAGGCCGCGCUGGAGACACUCGAGCUCUUCGCCCAAGCAGGCUCUCAUGCCCAAGCGAUGGCGAGCAUGGGCGGCGCGCACGACGAUGCGGCGCUGGCGUGCCUGGAGGCCCUGCCGAGGCCCGAGCCCCUCCGCAGCGCGAACGCCUCCGACGUGGUGGAGGUGCUGUCAGCCCGGCGCGUGCAGGCCGCUCGUUUCGGGUCGGACGAACGGGGGGAGGAGCAUCUCUCAAGUGGCCUUCCUCCGAACAACGGAGAAGAAUCCGGGCACGAUGUUGUGGUGCAUAUCCCCGCGCAGCGGCGCCCGAGACGAACAGCGGCUAGUGUAGCCCCGCUCCUCGGUCCGCGCCCAUAUUCCUUGCCGUGUUGGUGA